UUACCUGGAGACGAAGCACGGUGUCCGCCGAGACUGGACAAGGCUUCCUGUUGCUCCUGGCAAUUAAAGAUGCUGUUGCCGUGGCGACCGUGGCUGCUGUUCCCCCUCCUCUGCUGCCUGGGAGGCGACCCGCGCUUCCAAGGCCCCGUGUUCACCCAGGAGCCUGGCGACAGUGUCUUCCCUGUGGGCGCAGAGGACAGGACGGUCACCUUGAGCUGUGAAGCCAGAGGCAGCCCCUCCCCGCAUUACAGGUGGCAGCUGAACGGCACCGACGUGGACCUCAGCCAGCGUCACCGCUACCAGCUACUUGGAGGGAACCUCGUGGUCCUGGGUCCUGACCGCCACCGGGAUGCAGGUAGCUACCAGUGCUUCGCGACCAACUCACUCGGGACGGUGGUCAGCAGAGAGGCCAAACUCCAGUUUGCUUACCUGGAGGCGUUCCCCAGCAAGCCGCGGGGUGCAGUGUCCGUGCGGGCGGGCCAGGGCGUGGUGCUGCUGUGUGGACCCCCGCCACACUCCGGAGAGCUGUCCUACGCCUGGAUCUUCAAUGAGUACCCCGUGUUCGUGCAGGAGGACAGGCGGAGAUUCGUCUCCCAGGAGACCGGCCACCUGUACAUCGCCAAGGUGGAGCCGUGGGACGUGGGCAGCUACACGUGUGUGGUGACCAGCGUGGUGACCCGUGGCAGGGUGCUGGGGCCGCCCACUCCCCUGGUGCUCCGUGCUGAUGGCGUGAUGGGGGAGUACGAGCCGAAGAUCGAGGUGCAGUUCCCGGAGACGCUGCCGGCGGCCAAGGGCACCACCGUGAGACUGGAGUGCUUCGCCCUCGGAAACCCUGUUCCUCAGAUCAGCUGGAGGAGGAGUGACGGGCUGCCCUUCCCUAGCAAGAUCCAGCUGCACAAGUUCAACGGGGUCCUGGAGAUCCCCAGCUUCCAGCAGGAGGACGCGGGCUCCUACGAGUGCCUGGCAGAGAACGAGCGGGGCCGCAACGUGGCGCGUGGGCGGCUCACUUACCACGCCCAGCCCCACUGGGUGCAGCCCAUCCGGGAUGUGGAGGCGGCCGUGGAGGACAGCCUGCGCUGGGAGUGCCGCGCCAGCGGGAAGCCUCGGCCCUCGUACCGCUGGUGGAAGGACGGCGCGGCCCUGGCGCUGGAGGAGAGGAUCCAGGUAGAAAACGGCGCCCUGACCAUCUCCAACCUGAGCGUGGCCGACUCGGGCAUGUUCCAGUGUAUCGCAGAGAACAAGCACGGCCGCGUGUAUGCCAGCGCACAGCUGCGCGUUGUGGCCUCUGCGCCCAGUUUCGCCAGGAUGCCGAUGAAGCAGCUGCUGCAGGUGCAGGAGGGCAGUGAGGUCACUGUGUCCUGCCAGCCGGGGGCCGCCCCUCAGCCGCGCAUCUCCUGGAAGAAGGGGCCUCAGAGACUGCGGGAGAGCCACAGAGUUUGGUUCCUGAAGGAUGGAGGACUCAGAAUCGCCAACGUGACCCGGGCGGAUGCCGGCGCUUACACGUGCACAGCAGAAAACCAGUUUGGAAGAGCAAGUGGCACGACUCGGCUGGUGGUCACGGAACCAACGCGCAUGACGGUGGCGCCGGCCAGCCUGGACGUGUCAGUGGGCGAGAGUGUGGUCCUGCCCUGCCAGGUGCGGCAUGACCCCCAGUUGCACCUCGUCUUCUCCUGGUACUUCAACGGGGAGCCUGCAGGCUUCCAGAAGGACGAGGCGCACUUGGAGAGAGUGGGCGGGAGCUCAUCAGGCGACCUGCUGAUCAGGAACACUCAGCUGAGACACAGCGGCCAGUACACAUGUGUGGCACAGACGGAGGUGGACAGUGUCUCGUCCACUGCUGACCUCAUAGUGAGAGGCUCCCCUGGGCCCCCACAAGGUGUGACUGUCGACGAGAUCACUGACACCACGGCACAGCUCUCUUGGAAGGAAGGUGCAGACAACCACAGCCCCGUCCUGUCGUACGCGGUGCAGGCGCGCACGCCCUUCUCUGUGGGCUGGCAAGCCGCCACCACGGUGCCCAGCCUCAUCGACGGGGACACACACACAGCCACUGUGGUGGAGUUAAACCCGUGGGUGGAAUACGAGUUCCGGGUGGUAGCCAGUAACAAACUCGGAGGUGGAGAGCCCAGUUCACCCUCAGAAAAAGUAAGGACUGAAGAGGCAGCUCCAGAAGUGCCUCCUUCUGAAGUCAAGGGAGGCGGUGGGAGCCGGUCAGAGCUGGUGAUAACCUGGGACCCCAUCCCCGAGGAGUUGCAGAACGGGGAAGGCUUUGGCUAUGUCGUGGCUUUCCGCCCCCUGGGGGUCUCCACCUGGAUCCAGACUGUGGUCACCAACCCUGACACCCCACGCUAUGUCUUCAGGAACGAAAGCAUCCUGCCCUUCUCGCUGUACGAGGUGAAAGUGGGUGUUUACAAUCACAGAGGGGAAGGCCCUUUCAGCUCCGUGGUGACCGUGUUCUCUGCAGAAGAAGAGCCCUCAGCACCUCCGGGCCGAGUGUCCGCCCACAGCCUGUCCUCCUCGGAGAUCCAGGUGACCUGGAGCGCAGCCCCCUGGAAUGCGAGCAACGGGCGUCUCCUGGGCUACGAGGUGCGGUACUGGAGCCCCGGGGAUGAGGCCGCUGCCCGCCAUGUGUUGGUGGCUGGGAACAAGACCUCGGCCACCCUGCGUGGCCUGAAGAGCCACGCGCCCCACCACGUGGCCGUCCGCGCCUACAACAGUGCUGGGCCCGGGCCAUUCAGCACGGCAGCCAACGCCACCACCAGGAAGACCCCUCCCAGCCAGCCCCCAGGAAACGUUGUCUGGAACAGCACCGGCACCUCCGUCCUCCUGAGCUGGGAGUGUGUGCGAGCGGCAGAGAACGAGUCGGAGGUGACAGGCUACAAGGUGCUCUACAGGGCGAGCGGCCAGACCACAGCACAGGUGCUCAGCACCAACCAGACCUCAGUGGAGCUGCAGCUGCCCACCGUGGGGGAUUACAUCAUCCAGGUCAAGGCCACGACAGCCGGAGGUGACGGUGCCAGCAGCGAGCAGAUCAGGGUCCCAGGAAUCAGCCGUCCUGUUGUGCGGGGCUCCGCACCCGCCCGCCGCGCCCCGCCGCUGCUCUGCCUCCUGCUGGCCCUGCUCUAG